AAGAAGUGAGAGGUCACCACCAAUGGCAGUCCUUUGUUUCACAAUAUAAGUCCCACAGUUUCACCUCCACAUUUCUGCAAGAAUCCCACUUCUUUUUAUUACAAAUGGGGAAGUCCCAUGUUGUUUUCUCUCUUCUUGCUUCACUUCUUUUCUUGAUUCAAGGAUCUCUAGUCAGAGCUGUAAGAACAGAUGAUGGCUCAGAAUCAUGGGGCUAUGUUGAAGUCAGGCCCAAAGCCCAUAUGUUUUGGUGGUAUUACAGAAGUCCAUAUAGAACUGAAGAUCCAAACAAGCCUUGGCCAAUCAUUCUCUGGCUUCAGGGUGGACCUGGUGCUUCUGGGGUUGGGAUUGGAAAUUUUGAGGAGAUUGGGCCUUUGGACUCAUAUUUGAAGCCAAGAAAUUCAACAUGGUUGAAGAAAGCUGAUCUUCUGUUUGUGGAUAAUCCAGUUGGGACAGGAUACAGUUUUGUGGAGGAUCUUGAUUUGUUGGUGAAAACUGAUUAUGAAGCAGCUGAUGAUCUAACCACACUUUUAAUUGAGAUUUUCAAUAGAAAUCAGACUCUCCAAAAAAGCCCUCUUUACAUUGUGGCUGAAUCUUAUGGUGGAAAAUAUGCUGUCACUCUUGGAUUGACUGCACUUAAAGCAAUUGAAGCUGGGAAAUUGAAGCUCAAACUUGGAGGAAUUGCAUUGGGGGAUACCUGGAUUUCACCAGAAGAUUUUGUGUUUUCAUGGGGCCCCCUUUUGAAAGAUGUUUCAAGGCUGGACAAUAAUGGCUUGAAGAAAUCAAACAGUUUAGCUGAGCAAAUUAAGCAAGAACUUGAGACAGGCAAGUUUGUUGAGGCAACAGAAUCAUGGAGUGAUCUUGAAAGUGUUAUCAGUUCCAGCAGCAAUUCAGUGGAUUUCUACAAUUUCUUGCUGGAUUCUGGGAUGGACCCUGUGUCCUUGUCAGCCUCUGUGCUGUCGCAGCAGAUCUCGAUCAGGCGAUACUCGAGGUACCUAAAUUCGUUGAGGCGGGAUACACCCGAUGGGGAUGGCGAUAUCGAUAAACUUAUGAAUGGUGUGAUCAAGAAGAAGCUCAAGAUACCUAAAAGUGUUGUAUGGGGAGGCCAAUCAGAUUCUGUUUUUUCAGCUUUGGAAGGAGAUUUCAUGAAACCUAGGAUUGAUGAGGUGGAUCAGCUUCUUGCUAAAGGAGUCAAUCUAACUAUUUAUAGUGGUCAACUUGAUGUCAUUUGCUCCACCAAGGGAACUGAAGCAUGGGUUGAAAAGCUCAAGUGGGGUGGGCUCAAAACUUUCUUGAGCAUGGAGAGAACACCAUUGUAUUGUGGGAAAGAGACAAUAACAAAGGGUUUCACCAGAUCCUACAAAAAUUUGCAUUUCUAUUGGAUUCUUGGAGCUGGCCAUUUUGUACCUGUUGAUCAGCCUUGUGUAGCAUUGAGCAUGAUAAGCAGCGUAACACAAUCUCCCAACGUUUCGAAAUAAAUGGUUGAUUCUUAAUACAUAAUUGAAAGCCUCAUUCAAGAAUUGGUAGAAAAUGAUGAGAUAGGAAAAAAAUAAUUUUUAAAAAUAAAUCCCAUUUGUAAUUGCAAAUAUGUUGUUUGUACUGUGAUUUUUUUUAGCAAUUGUGAGAAUUUAUUUUGACAUA